AUGGAGGUCGUCUGCACCGAUGCGGACGGUCGGAGGCGCGUUGGAAACGGGUUCGCAUAUAAAUGUAAAAGCCACGCUGGGGGGUUCAAGCAGCUCUUCCGAAGAGACCGCUGCGAGUCACAGUUUUCGACAGAUGGCGCAACAGAAUCAGUAACGGCAGAGGGCGACUGCACGUGUUGGAUCGCUCGGUUUGGCAAUGGUCCUCUCGCGAGAGAAAGUGGCACGGAAACAGCUGAGAGGGCGCGAACGCGGCUUGGGUUUUGGCACCGAGUGCUUCAAGACUCGGCGAUACUGGAGGUGCUCGAAUCAGUGCACCUGAGGCGGGAGGAGGAUGAAAUACAGGCGCGGAUUGGGUCGUGGUCGGGGGUUGAAGAUGAUGCGCCAACAAAGCCGCCCUUCUCCGUUUUCAAAAGAUUCGAGGUAACACGGGCAAGGCGGACGCCGAACGCUACGGCGGGGUCACGUGAGUUGGCGCACGGGCCGAAUGGACUUCAGCAGUGCCCAUGA